UGGCGGGCUAACCUCCUAGUUUCUCUCUCUCUCUCUCUUUGGUGAUGGAACAGAUUAGAGACAACGGAAGCGGAGAUACAUCAAAGAAGAAGACUAUGGAUUCUCUGGGACUCAUGUGCGAGAAAGAUAUAAAUGAGCAGCGGCUUCAAAUCGAUUCCUUCAUAGCUUCUCCGUUCCAGAGAUCUACCGACUCUGUACUUGAGCUAGCUAAAGCCACUGCACAAAGCCAAUUGGAACUAACGAAUGUGAAAGCGGAUCUGAGAGAAGCAGAGGAUGAGCUCGUUAAAGUCUUGGCAGUGAAAACCCGUAAAGAGGCAAGGCAAAUGGGGUUAAGAGAUUCUAUUUCUGCUACACAGUCUCGAAUCCAAGUGCUUAGAAGAACUCUGCAGUUACAGAAAUCAAAGAAGGAAGAGUUUACCAAAACUAUCUCCCAACGCUUACAAGGCUUAUCAGUAUCCAAGGACAAUGCUGGUAAAGUCACGGAAGACAAAUCCGAUAUCAAUGAUGCCAUCUCUUGGUAUAAUCAGGCUCUCGGUUUUCACGUUGAAGCAGGCCGUGGAGUUAAGUUCACAUUCACCAACAUUGAUGCAAAAAGGCCUACACAAGAGUUUUCAUUCACAGUUCACUAUGGAAAUGACAUCUACACAUUAUUGGAUUGCAACCCGCAAUUGGAUGAUAUCGAAGGGAUGGUUCAAGAUUUGAAUCAAACCAAUGACCUCUUUGGAUUUGUUCGUCUAAUGAGGGUUAAGUUUCUGAAAACCACUAUAUCUGACUCAGAGUUGCCAACACAUUCAGAAAACCUGCAACAAGAAACUUCCAUCAUAUCAGCUCCAGCUAUUUCAAUCACCACUGAUACGAACAUGUCAACUCCAGAGAACAAUGUAUCUAAGGUUCGGCGACACAAAAGAUCUAGCGGUUCCCCACUCCAAUCUCCUGCACCCACGUCUUCCGUUCGCCGUUCUGCUCGCCUUAAGGGUAAGAAAUGAAGGUAGAGCUCUGUUUCCGUUUGAUCGGCAUCAAAGGAAUUAGACUAAAACAGAGUGAUAUGUUGAUGAUGUUUUGUAGACUCUUGACAACAGUCUGUUGUUUGAAGUUUCCUAUAAUGUCUGCCUACUAUUGUGAUAACUAAUUUACGUUGAUGAUUUUACUAGUAUUGGUGCUAUGUUUAUAGACCUUUUGUUGAAUGUGUACAUGGUAAAAUUAUUCUCAAGGUGGAAAUGAAGUAUAAAGAACCUUUC